UUCUCCAUAAAGAAAUUAAGUAUUAGCAAAAGUAAACUUUUUGUACUACAAGUCAUACAAAGUUCAAAACCCCAGUCACUCCGCAUUCCAUGCUAGAAAGCUACCAAUUCCUCUUCUCUACCGACGACGUGCUCUCCUCUAAAUCUCCAACUCUUCGCAUAAUUUCUUUCUUAAAUUAGUGGGUACAUUUACAUCAAAUUUUCCAUAUCAAAAUCAAACAAAAACACAAAAAAAACCUUGCCUUUCAAAUUUAAUUCAGUAGUUUUUUUCUUUGGUAACUGAUUCCUGGGAUUUGGGAGUUUUCCCAGCUAUUAUUUCAAGUGAGCUGCCAAUUUUUGGUGCAAAAAAGGAAGAAACUUUGGUUGUUUUUGGCUCAAAAACCCAGGACAAAAAAAAUCUGAAUUUCAUUGUUCUCCUCCAUGGAGACUUUGACUUCUUCCGCGGCUGUGCCUAUUCAUCAUCGAACAUCCAACUACGAUGAAAUGUCUAUGCAUCAAAGUUUGCUCUUUGCAGACAGUCUUAAGGAUUUGAAGAAUUUGCGAACUCAGCUGUAUUCAGCGGCAGAGUAUUUUGAAUUAUCUUACACCAAUGAUGAUCAAAAGCAAUUCGUUAUUGAGACAUUAAAGGAUUAUGCUAUUAAAGCUUUGGUGAACACAGUAGACCAUCUAGGUUCAGUGACUUAUAAGGUUAAUGAUCUUCUGGAGGAAAAAGUUGAAGAAGUCUCCGAAACAGAAUUUCAUGUGUCAUGCAUUGAACAGAGAUUACGCACAUGCCAAGAGUACAUUGAACGGGAGGGCAUGGCCCAGCAAUCAUCAAUCAUAGAUACACCGAAAUACCAUAAACGAUAUGUCUUACCAGCCGGUCAGACUAUGAACAGCAGCAAUCUUGCAAAUUUGAAGUACAAAAGUUGCGGCAUAGAUGAAGAUGACUGGUUUCAGUUUCGGAGUGCUAUAAGAGCCACAAUUCAAGAGACCUCAUCCACAAUGAGAGAAACGCCAUCCUCAAAUAGAGAAACGCCAUCCUCAAUCAGAGAGAGGCCAUCUUCAAUUAGAGAAAUGAAUUCAACAUUUAAAGAAUCAGCUUCAUUUGCCAGCAGGAGAGGACGCUCUACUUCACCUGCUUCUCGACCUUCCCGAUCACCUGGGUCGUUCUCCUUUGCCAGCUCCGCCCCCAGAAAAGAACAAGACAAAAGAUCAGUUUCACCGCAUCGCUUUCCACUUCUGCGUUCUGGGUCUCUUGCUUCGAGACCAACAACACCAAAGUCCAGUAGGCCAACAACUCCAAAUUCUGGCGUCGAAAGGCACCGGUAUCUUUCGGACUCAUGGAAAUCGGUUUCUAUGCGAGUCCAUGAUGAGAAGGAGAAGCCAAAGGAAACCGAGCGACACCCCAGCAAAAGCAAGCGUCUACUCAAGGCAUUGCUUAGCAGGCGAAAGUCGAAGAAAGAUGAGACGUUAUUCACUUAUUUGGAUGAAUACUGAAAAGAAUUAUCGGAAUGCCCAGGCAAAAAAGUUCCAGAAGGCUGGAUUAAACCUGGGCAUUAUUUUGCAGUUAAUCUUCUUUUUAAUUUAUACAUAAGAAAGUAAUUGUAAUUUGUUUCACAAUUAGAUGUGUUUUGAGGCAAUGUUCUGCAUGCUGCAAUGUAUCAUAUAUCAAAUUUUAUGUAUCACUGAAGGUUGUUGGUAUCAAUAUAAAGUUCUUCAUCCUUCUGUUUCC